AUGGCCUCUCGUGGCUCGUAUGAAUAUAAGGAUGUUCAGAAAGAGAACCACCUGGUCUUCGAGCAGCUGCUGAUUGAAAGCCUGGAAAAGUUUAUUCGCCUGGAAGCCCAGGAGCGGUCACUGGAGAGUGAUGGGAAUGAAGAUGAUAAUGAUUCUGAGGAAGAGUCCACUUUUUCAAAGGUUGUGAUAGCUGCUAACGGUAGGAUGUACUCUCUUGGGGUCCCGGUCCUCUCAGAGUACAUGGAAACUAAUACUAACUCAAUAUCCGAGGCCGGCGCAUCUGAAGAGAUAAGACCCGCUCCUCCUGCAGAAGACUCGAGCUCUGAUGCUGAGCACAGUCUUGAGAGGGAGCUAUCCUUCAUUUGCAAGGCCAAGGAGUCCGAGGUUGUCUAUCUCCUUGGUCACGGUGACAUUAGUUCGAGAAAGGACUCGGGGUUCAUAAAGAAGGUGGUCAUAAAUUACUUCUAUGCAUUCCUGAGGAAGAACUGCAGAAGGGGGACCGCUAAUCUUAGUGUGCCCCACACACAACCUUCCGUGAUCUGGCAUAGCGUCUCAGGCACACAAAUAAGUCGGUUUUGA